GCCCUCUUACGUUUAAAGAUGACUAGCUUUUGGAUUACCGUGAAUUCGCCUGCGAUGAUGGUGGAAAUUUCAAGAUAAUUCGUGAAUUCUGACUACAACCGGUCAUCAUGAAUCGAGCGGUCAGUGUAUCAAACAUGGAGAAGCUGGCCAGGUCCUUUGAGGCCUUGAAAAAUCACCAGCAGAGCUCGACAUCAGUCGACGAUACGACGAGCACUGGCAAAGAUGCAAAGAAAAAAGAUGUAACACUAACCAAGAAGGAUUACAUUGCAAACCUGACUGUCAUUGCAGAAGGGAUUUCCACUGCUAAUUUCAGAACUCUUGGAGAGUUCCCCAAAUUUCUUGGGAUUGCUAUGGAGAUAUUUCUGACAUCAUGUAAUGAUAAUGAAUCAGAUAUCAGACUGAAAGCGGAUGAGUGUCUCAACAAAGUCAUAAAGGCUUGCAUGGAAAGCAGUUUAGGUCGGCUGCAGUUAGAGCUGUACAAAGAAAUUAAGAAGAAUGGACUUUCUCGAAGUCUUCGUGCAGCCCUAUGGCGAUUUGCAGAGAUGGCCCACCUGAUUCGGCCACAGAAAUGCAGACCCUAUGUCAUCAAUCUCCUACCAAGUAUUGCCAGGAUAUCGAGGAGACCUGAAGAUAUUGUUCAGGAAGCCUUGAUGAAUUUCCUCAUCAAAACUCUUCCAGUCCUUGGAUCUUUCCUCACGGACACAGAAGUCAAGAACCUUAUGAAGGUGUUGUUUCCAAACCUCAAGCAUACGUCAGCCACUACCAGAAGAACAGCAGCUAGGUGUAUUGUUCUUAUCUGUCAAUACGGUCGCAAACCAGCUCUCUACUUCUCGUGGCUUGUGCAAGCUCUCCUCAUGUUUGUAAUACCAGUGAAGGAGAGUUUUCCAGUUCAGAUCCACCUGGGUGUCCUGCUGUGCUUGCGUUACACCGUUCCUCAUCUGGUCAUCCAGAGGUCAAAGGAACAAGGGUUGAAGGGCAGCUUUGGGGUCACCAAGAAGGAAGAAGAGACAGGGGUCAAAGAUGAACAGCUUGUAAAGAUUUAUGAAUACUUGAUCCACUGUACCAAACAUGCUGACCACAACGUCCUGACUGCAACGCUAGAUGCCCUUCAGCAACUCUUGAAGGACCCACCCAAACCUUUGCUGGACAUCCUGAUGUCCAAGAAAGGGAUUGCAAGGGUCAGCAUCUAUGAGGACAAGGAGAAAGCAUCACCCAAGCAUGGAGAAGGACCUACUGCAACAGCCACAGAAGCGGAAGUAGGUAGCACUUUCACAUCCGACUCAGGACUCGAUGAAGACCAGUACUCUACGUCAGCACCGUCAGAGACCUCAUCUUCCGGUCUCGCGACCACGCCCACCUCUACCCCGUAUUCCUCCACCAGUCUAGAAUCCAUCCCCUCCUCUCUCUACUCCGCCACUCGGUCAGACCGCACCUCUAGGGAUCUCUCCGCUUUUGGUGACCAAAGCAGCGCCAGUCUUGCCGAUCUCGAACCUGAGAGCUCGGAGCUCAUUGUAGACGAUGGAACGUCGGAUUAUUCGAACAUGGCAAUCGGUGGUGAGGAGGACAACACGGGUGAUGUCGGCAGGAUAGAGGGUGGGAUGGAGAAUGGUGGAGAAGCCGUAGAGCAAGCGGUUGAAGCAAGUGAUUAUGCUGCUACAACGCCCUCUAGUGAUGAGAUCUUGGAUAGUCCAGGGGAUACAAAUGACAUCAGUCCUAUACGAGAGAGAACUGCCACCAUAGAUGAAGGCUCUCCUGAUGUAGAAAUGAAGUUUAGAGCUGGAGAUAUUGGAUCGUAUACGGAUGAGGACUUGCCACUGCGUCAUCUUCUACGUCUACUCUCCAGCUCUUUCUUGCUGACCGGCUAUCAGGGGUCACUUAUACCUGACCGCAAGGCAAGGGUCAGUGUCAAGGUAUUGGCCAUGGGCUGUGCUAGUCAUAUCAUUGGCAUGUACCCAAGACUCUUCUUUGACCAUCUCUUCAAAGGAACAGAACAGGGAGUGAAAGUAGAGGAUGAGCAAUACAUCCGUGACCUUCUCCUGUAUGUGGGUCACUCAGACCCCCAGCUGAGAGGACAAACCUUGAUGCUGAUUGGUCAACUGUUACAUGCCUCUCUGAUUGAAUCCAACUACCAGUAUUCUGAUUGGUGCUGGCAGAUAUGUGGAGAAACCAAUACAGAUCCAGUAAGCAUUGAGUAUCUUGUGUCCCUGCUCUCUUCAGCUGUCUCUGAUGAUUCUUCUGUCACUGCAAGAAGUAUAUGUCAAGCUUCCAAGCUGUGCCUUCAAGAGCUAUGCAGAAGUUGUCAUGGCAGCCUAGGCCUGACGUUGACCUAUGACCUAUUGAAAUUAACCAGCACAACCUAUUGGUUGGUACAAGUGGAGUUGCUGGAAUUGAUCAGUGGAUUUGACUUCAAAUUGCUUCACUAUCUUGAGUCAAGGAAAGUGGAAGAAUUGAGGAGGGGAUAUACAUUUAUGAGGGAAGAUAUACAAAGGGUCGUCCUAGAGGAGGUUGUAUUCAAGCUCUUAGGAAGCGAAGAUGGCAGAGUCAGAACUGCUGCUGGAGAUGCACUCUCCAAACUUGUACCAAAGCUGUUCUAUCCAGUGGACCAACCCCACCAGGAAUCCAUCUCAUCCCUAGCCAAGACCCAAGUCACUCGGUACCUGGACCCUGUGAUGAGGGACCUCCAGCCCUACACACCUGCCAUCACGUCCACCAUGGAUAACCUACCAGUAUUUCACAGCAGAGCUCCAGAGGGAGGGUGCACAUUCUCUGAAUCUGCCCUCUCUAGAAUGGUGGCUGUUCUCUUUGAUGUAAUGAGUAAUACCAUGUCAAGAUAUAGCACUUAUGGCUGUGUACGUGCCCUCGCCCGACUAUCGGGCAGUUUUCCAGUGACAGUCCACCCCAGUGCUUGGGGAUGUUCACAGAACCUUUCAUCUUUGUCUCGCUCUCAUGAAGGAUCUCAUCCUAAGCUACAGAGACAGAGUAGUCUUACAUACAAAGGAGGUUCAGGAACGAGUAUUGGAAGCACAGGCAGUGGAGCGAGCGCUGAGGAGUUGGCUGGAGGGACUGGAUGUGGGAGUCUACCAAUGGUUGUAUCUCUCCUCACAUCCUCAGUGUGUAUGCUAGACCUCGCAGCCCAACAUGACAUGCUGCAGCUGGCUACCAAUCUACUGCUAGGUGCUGCGGCCAACUCACUCAAGGGCAGCUCCUCCAAGAAGACCGCAUCUCCUGCCACCUCCCCAUCCCAGGAGGCAGAAGGGAGCGGAGAGACCUGGCAGUGCCUCAACAAUCGGCUCCUGGUCCCCAUCGUGGAGCAGGUCCUGCUCCAUGUCACGCGGCUCGUCAGUAUCUUCAGUCAUGUGAUUGAUAACCACCAACCAGGUCCAGCCAAGUCACAGACUGCACUUCCAUCAUUACCAGCUGGUCCUUCUCUUAGUCCCAUCAAGAGGAAGAGUAAGAUUGGGAGAGAUAAAGAUACACCAGACCAAUCACCAGCAACCCCUCAGAAUCCUAACAAACCAGCUUCAGAUAAGUCUGAUGCAUCUGAGGAGAAGAAGUCCACCAAGUCAACCUAUGGUUCAUUCUAUCAGCAUGCCCACUACAUGAGACUAUAUGAAGUAUUAAGAGGAGCAUAUAAGAACUAUAAGGCUACAUUAGAACUCACCAAACCUGACAAGUUUUGUCUCUUGCUAAAGAUGUCAUUAUCAUGCCUCAGUCAGCUACUAGAACUAGCUUCAAUCACAGAAGUUGGUCAUUACGUUGAAGAAAUUCUGGGCUACCUAAAGUCCUGUGUCACUAUUGAACCCACGAUGACCAUAUUGUGUGUUGAACAGCUGUUGAAGGCUUUAUUCUUCACCAACAUGGCAAGCACCCAAGAACUCUCCUCACCUCACCAUGCCCGAAAGACGGGUAAAGCUGCCCGUCUGACCUCCAACAUGAAACCUGGGCUAUAUCACGAUUGCUUCAUUGCACCAUACACCCAGUAUACUCAAUGCCUGGCUUCAAUGGGGCCUAAGCUUACCACUACACCAGAUGCAGAGAAUGAAAGCAUUGGGGUUUUUGGUUGGAUCAAAACCAGGGCAGACAGAAGAGCUAGUCUAUCUUCAAAGAGCAGCAAGGACAAGACUGCAGUUCAGAACUACAUUCGUCUGUUUGAGCCUCUAGUAAUCCGAGCUCUGAAGCAGUACACUGUGAGUAGUUGUGUGGUGCUACAGCAACAGGUCCUUCAUCUCCUAGCCCAGCUGGUCCAACUCAGGGUCAACUAUUGCUUACUGGACUCUGAUCAGAUUUUCCUGAAUUUUGUUAUCAAGCAGUUUGAGUACUUAGAAGAAGGGCUUGUCAAGGGAUAUGAAGUUUUGAUUCCACACAUCUUCAACUUCCUUGUUCUGUUAUCGUACGAGAGGUUUCAUAGUAAACCAGUUAUUGCAAUGCCGAAGAUUAUUCAGCUGUGUGAUGGUAUCAUGGCUAGCGGACAGCAAGCGUCUACACACAUUGUUCCAGCUCUGAAGCCUCUAGUCCAUGAUCUGUUCAUCCUGAGGGCCAAUAAUAAAUCAGAGUCAGCCAAGGAAUUGGACACUCAGAGGGAAGUGGUGGUUUCCAUGCUGCUUAGACUCAUUCACUAUAGUCAGGUCCUGGAGAUGUUCACAGCAGUUCUACAGCAGGCACAUCGCGAGAAUGAAGAAAAGUGGAAACGGCUCUCCAGACAAGUUGUAGAUAUGAUACUCCCUCUCCUGGCAAGACAACAGAUUAACCUAGACAGUCCAGUUGCUCUUGAUGUUCUCCAUCAUCUGUUAGGGACAGUGGCUCCCAGCUCACUCAGGCCUGUUGAUAUCCUUCUGAAGGCUCUUCUCUUAGUUCCAUAUGAUCAGGUCAGUGUUGUAUCCAUGCAGCGAUGGCUAGCCAUGGCUCUUGCUCUUUUUGGCGUCUUGACCACGCAGUCCAAGGAGGAAACCAUCCUGUCUCGUCUCCAAGAGCUAGGUUUGACCUCUGACCUCUUCAUCUGCGUACUGGAUGCACAGCAUACCAAGGAGGACGCCCUCAACGCCAACAUGACCCCUCCUGAGGAAGUUCUUGCCAGAUUCUUGCUGCAAAUUGUAGGAUUUACUGUCACCACUGUGCAAGAUUUCAGAUCCUCUAAGUCCAUAGAUGGGUCAGGUGACCAGUCACAUGACUUCCUAGCACAGGAGCUGUCCAGACUGCUUCUGUCUAUGACACACAUGUUUAAAUCUGGAACAUUUAGGAAAGUUGGAGUGAUGAUGGCUAGUCUAAUCUCCAGACCUCAGCAAUCGAAAUGCUGGUUUGCUCUGGACAGUUUGAAUGAAGCAUUCCAUUCACUUAUACAGACAGACCCAGUACUGGUGCUACAGUGGUGUCAGCUGCUCCUGCUACUCAACUUUGAUUCUACAGAUUGGUGGAUGCGGAUCCUGCACACCCCUAAGAAACCUCCUCUCUCCAAGUCCCUAUCCUCAGGGAGCCUGGAUCACCUGGAGACAAAUCUGGAGACAGAGCUCUCCACCGCAGAGGAGGUGGUCAAGCAAGGAGCACUUGUCCUUUUCUGUGAUUAUGUGUGUGAGAAUGAGGCGGAUGCAGAGCCUCUAUCAUGGCUAGUUGUCAACCAUGUUAAUGACAUUGUGCAGCUCUCCUAUGAACUACCCGUUCAAGAUCUUGUAAGUGCAAUUCAUCGAAACUCGGCCGCUAGCGGUCUAUUUCUUCGUGCAAUAAACAUUAGAUUCAAUCACAUGAACAACCCAUGUCUUGUGAGACAGACCCUGAGGUUGCUAGAAGGCAUUCACCUUACACAGUCAGGAAUGCUUCUGACCCUUCUGAUUGAAAAGUUCCUGACAACACACUGGCAGUCCAUUGCCAGGGUGGCUAGUGGGCUAGCGUGCCGCAGAGUGGAGAUGCUACUAGCUGAGAGGGUGGAUCAACACACGAGGGCGCAACUCACCCAUGAGGAAUUGACGAAACUUGAAGGCUUUCUUACUUCAAAUAGGCUAGCUCAAAAAAAUCAAAGAUUGAUGUCUUUACUAAGUAGAUUAAAGCUUGAUCUGACAGUAGAGGAACCGGCUCCAUCUCCUCCCGACCUACCCAGUGACUUGCCAAAGAACCUUGCCGAUGUCUUCCUUGAUAAGGAGUGGUAUUUGUCCAUUGUUCAGUCCUGUUGCUGUGGAACCAGUCCAUAUUCUUCAAGCAGAGACUGCGCUACCAUGCUAUCAAGACUAUCCUUUGAGGAUAUCAUGGCUAUUUUGACACUAGAGGACUUUGACCACACCUUGAUUGGAGAAUGCAUCAGCUUAGGAUUAGCACGCACCCAGCUCGGAGCACCUGAGCAUGCUCAAAGCCCUUCAAGUGCCCAGCCACCCGAUGCUACCCCAACAAGUACCGCGCCCUCAUCAAGUAACGAACACCCCCUUCAGGCAACACCAGUCGACGCCCUCCUGAAGGCAGCCAUGCCAACCCUCGUCACGCACCUGAAAUCAUUCGCUGCUCUCGUUCCUCGGCCGCAUCGGAUCCUUGAGCCGGGUUCUGAGAGCCAAGAUGCAAGGGAUUACUGUGCAAAGAUGAUGGAAUGUUUUCAGGAUGGAGUGUGGUGUCACCAGCUCAAUGAUAUCGUGGCAGCGUUGGCUAGGUAUUUUCUGGCCUGUAGGACAUUGAAGAUUGAUCUCGAUAUAGAAGCUUCUGAAUGUAUGAUGUCUCUGACGAUUGCAUCAUUAGAGCUUGUGAGUUGGAGUAUAUCAGAAGGUAAACCAAUAUCCUCGGCACAAGCUCUCGCUUCCAUAGAGUGCAUCGCUGAAAUACUCCAGCAUCCUGAGCUCUCAACUCUGAUUGGUGAUCCAGAUCAUGUGACCUGGUUCUGUUCAGCUAUUGGUAGCAUCUAUCACAUCAUCCAAGCAGGGAAAGUCUGGAAGGAAGAGCAUGAACCGUUCACUGUGCCAAAGCUUCAGGAAAUGCCAGGAUUAGAUUUAAGGUUUGAUCAUCAACUCCAAGCCUGCCAUCGGAUCUCUGAACUUGUGGAACUCUUGAAUGAAAAUAUGUCCCCCAAGGAACAGGAAGCCUUCCUCACCAAGACUCCUCAAUUCCUGAGGGAGCCCAUGAAGAGCGUGAUGGUUGGCCUUGCUCGCCUGCCCUCAGUCAAUGGCUUUGCAAGGACCCCUCCCAUCCUUUGGAAGAUGGGAUGGUGUCCAAGCCCCCUGGAACGUGCUCAGACCAACCUGCCUCCUAUACCCUUGGAGUUCCUCAAAGAAAAGGCCGUUCUCAGAAGCUUCAUUCAGAGGGUCAACUCAAUAGGAUGGACAAGCCGUUUUCAGUUUGAGGAGACCUGGGCUUCACUGCUAGGCUUAUUGAACCCUGCUGACAAUCCUGAAGAUGUCAUGAUUGAGGAGGAGAUGGAGCAGAAUGAAUUGAUGUGUUUAGCCAUACGAGGGAUCACCUCCUUGCUACUGAACACUAUCCUACGCCCCUCGGCCGGCAACCCCACCAACAGUCGACCCCUCUGUAUCCCACGACACGACAGCUUGCCCUUCCUUGCCACCAAGAAAGGUCAGAGGUUAGGUCGACUCCGAGUCCUUGUCGAACGAGAGAUGCUAGCUAUGCAAUCAACAAGAUCUCAAAAGACUUUGGUACCUGCUACAAGUACAGCGAUGGAAGGACCGUUUGAUGAGAUGCUGACAGCUAACAUGGAGACAGAGGGUAAUGAGGAUGAAUUCACAUUGGGACAGGUCUCCGUUCACGGCAUCUGGGCCAUCAACAACAUGAUCCUACCGCUGGUUGAAGACCAGAACCAGAACCGACCAGAAGCCAGCAUCAUCCCCCUGGGUCGUACAGCUAUCCCAGCCUCCCUCAGUAGGGUUCCGUCCAAUCUUGAUGUCCACUCCUGUCUGGUGUUGCUGCUGGAGGUAUAUGGUCAGUGGCUUGCCCCAGGCUCGGCCCGCAGGACAUCACUCAUGCUACUCUGUGAGACCAUCAAGUCAGUACUGCUUAUCUCAGAUAUAUUCACCGAGCGAUCUCAGUUUGAAUGGAUGUAUGAGACAUUGCUGGAGUUGAACAAGAUUCACCCUGUGGAGGAUGAGUUAGUGACGCAGUAUGUCAUCCCAGGCAUCUGCAAGGCAGCAUCCGUUCUAGGAAUGGACAAGGAUGUCUCUGAGAAGGUCAGCAAGCUUCUUGAGGUCACGUUACGGAGUACGCAUCUUCCCAGCCGAGUGGGGGCGCUCUACGGGGUACUCUAUAUCCUGGAGUCAGAUGCUGUGGAGGAUAUCCAAGUCUUUGUUCCCAUGGUAACCGAUUACAUCACUAGAAACAUCAAGGCUAUAUCAAAUUGCAGUAGUUCCGCUUGUCAGAAACAUGUCUUGGUGAUGUUGUCAGUAGCGUUCUAUAUCAUGGAGUACUACUCGGAUCUAACUGCAGGAUCAGACUUCACUAAAGCUAUCCUUCAGCAAUGUGUAGUAAUGGUGCUGAUGAGUGAUGAAUCUACUUCCUGGUUGGUUUACCAUGCCAUUAUGGUAGGCUUUGAGAGACUUCUAGUGGCACAUGCUCUGGGCUCGCAGGAGAGAGAUAUGCUCAAGAAGCUGAGCGUUGACAGGUUGUGUCUACCCUCCCCCAUGCAUGCCCUGUCAGCGUUGGGUCUGCUACUUACUAGUAUGUACACUGCUGAAGAUGGUAGAGGGAUGUCAACUGAUGAUGAUGACAUCCACCAUGAGAUGCAACCUCAAGAUCCUGAAGAAGUCCUUCUUGCCAUGGAGAGAGUUUCUAUCAUGUUUGAUAGGAUACGAAAGGGAUAUCCAUCAGAAGCAAAGGCGGUAGCGUUCAUCCUCCCUCCAUUCUUGAAUGACUUCUUUCCACCUCAAGAUAUCAUGAACAAAGUCAUAGGAGAGUUCUUAUCCAACCAGCAACCACACCCCCAGCUUAUGGCAACUGUUGUCUUCAAGGUGUUCGGUAACCUCCAUCGGAAUGGCCAGACCCAGUCUGUGAGGGAUUGGGUGAUGCUCUCACUCUCCAACUUCACCCAGCGUACACCGGUUGCCAUGGCAAUCUGGAGUUUGACAUGCUUCUUUAUCAGUGCCUCCACAAACAAAUGGCUCAGAGCCUUACUGAGUCAUGUGAUUAAUAGGAUGGGGAAGCUGGAGCCGGUGGAUCGCAAGUACUUUAUCCUUGCAGCUAAAGAUUUCUACAAUACUCAGGUAAUUGAUGAAGCAAGCCGGAGAGCCUUCACCGCUACAUUCCAGGCAGUCAGCACCACAGAUGCUGCCUAUGCACUGCUUGCCUAGAUAUCACUUUAUCAGAAUCGGUCCUUCAUGAGGAGUCUCCAGAGCCAUGGCCUUGUUUGUCCAGGAUGUCAUAAAUUGGCCGUAACGAACUCGAUAGACCU